AUCGGUCGCAAAUGAACUACAACAUAUGCAGAUUUGACUGAAUACGAAGCCUGUGCCUAGCCUGGCACUCACCAAAGUUGGAAGGAUGUUGCGCGGGUAUUUGUUAGACCACAACAGACUUUGCUUAGCUCUCGACUCCAUAAUCCUGCUACAGUAACCUCGACAUCAUUUGCUUUAAGAGUUCAAGGCGAGAACCUGCCUUCUCACCUCUGUCAGUUGAUUCCGGAGCUUUAAUCGAAGCUCGCCAAGGCAGCGCCAUUCACACUUCAACACUCAAAUUACAUUCAAACCUUUAGACAACUUGUUUCUCAUCGGUCUCGGGCCAAGCGCCGGCCCCCAUACCUCGACACGCGCAACUCCAGUAACGACACCGUCUUCAGAGGCCCAUGUUCUCCGCGCAUCACCCCGAGGCGCUGCUGCCCACCUACCAGGCCCCACCCCACCUCCACGCCGGGCAGGGCCACAACCAUGGCCACAACCACCGCGGGAAUGGCAGCAGCGGUGGCGUCCACCUGAGCACCUACAUCAAAAAGAACUACGUCUUCAUUCUCGUUGCGUGUCUGGUGGCCGUGCACACAAUCUUGUUCAGCACCACCACCUUGCUCAAGUCGCUGCCGGACGGGCACGUGUCGGCACACGUCGCAAUACACCAGCAGGUGAAGCUCCCGGGCACGCUCUCCUCCUCCUUCUCCGGCGGCGCCCGCGGCUGCAGCAGCAGCAGUAGCCGCAGCAAGAAGGGCGGUGGCAAAAGCGGCAGCAGCGGGACAGGCCGGCGGCUGGCGAACGCGCGCAAGAAGGGCACGGAAGCCGCACGCCGCAAGCUCAGCCGCAACUGCAAUGUCAGUGCAGCACCAUAUGAGCUGCGUAUCAGCAACGGGCAAUCGUUUCCGCGGCUCGAGUCCUUUGUGCGCACAAACCUCCUUCUUCUUGAGGACGUGGGACCUAGCUCCCACUUCAAAAUGAACCGACAGCUUGCCGCUGCUGCCAACGUGACCGGCGGCGGCAACAAGACUGCUGCCGGCGCAGGCGCCCGCAGCGGGAGCGGUGCUGGUAGUGGUGGAGGUGGCGGAAACAUGGGCGUUGACCCUGGGGAGUUGGACUCGCUCAUGUUCGGCUUUGAUGCCGGGUCACCGCUGCUGCCUCUUCCGCGCGGGCUGCUGCCGCUCUUCAGCCGCGGCCCUCACGAUACCGCCUGUGCCAUGGAGCAGAUCCGAGCGCAGUGGGACGCCGCCCACAACGACAGCGGCAGCUCCCACAGCGGCCCGCUCGUCCUGCCCGACCCCGCGGACGCCGAGGAGAGCUGGCCGGGCCCUGAGGCGGGUCUGGGCCACCCCCAGGGUGCUUUUUUCCGGGCCUGCCUCCCGCUGGUGCUGCAGCCCUGGCCGGCGGACUACGAUGACAACGCCGCCGCCGCUGCCAGCGGCGGCGGCGCCGAGCAGGACGGGAAGGCGGCCGGCCAGGCUGAAGGCGCGGUGGCAGCGGUGGAGGAGGAGGAGGAGGUGGAGCACCACGCGACAGUGCAGUACCCGGAGCAUGUGCUGUUCCAGGCUGACGACCGCUUCAGGGGCGGCGAGCGCUUCUUCCCCAUGCGCUCCAUGACCAAGGCCCUGGUGGCGCUGACGGUGCUGGCGCUGCAGGACGAGGGGCAGCUGGAGGUGGCUGAGCCUGUGUACACUUACCUGCCGCACUGGGGCCACGGCGUGUACAGUCGCAUGACGGUUGCGCACCUGCUCACACACACUGCGGGUUACGACAAUGCAUACACAGAUGACCUUGUGCUGCAGCCCGCCGACAUCACUGUGACUGAGUCCGCCCAUCGCACCAUGGGCCGCAUCAAUGUCACGUGCGAGCCAGGCGGCCGCUUCUGGUACUCGGAGAUCGGGUACCAGGUGCUGGGGGCGGUGGUGGAGGCGGUGACGGGCCGCGGCUUCCACGAGGUGCUAGAAGAGAUGGUGCUGGUGCCGGCAGGCCUGUGCAAUACACGGAUCAUCAACUACUUCUCAGACGUGGUGCCCACACACGGGCCCCUGAUUGACAACUGCCUAGCGCCCGCGAGCGACGCCGCGGCGGCCGCCGCCACGGGCGCCGCCAGCACCUCAGCCCGUAGCAAGACCGCCGCCAAGGCCAGGGUCGCCAAGGCAAAGGCCGCCAAGAAGAAGGCCGCCAGCAGUGAAGGCGGCUGGUUCUCCCGCCGGCGGCUGGACGCACCGGGCAAGGGGCGCUGGUCCAGCAAUCCUACACUGGCGAUUGGCGGCAUCACCACGGCCGCAGACGUGGGUCGCCUGCUGGGCCUGUUGGCGAACGGCGGCCUGGCGGCAUGUUGCGACAGCGCCGCGGCCGCCGCUACCACAGCAGCAAUAGCAGCAGCAACAAGCGCGGUCACUGGCGGGGCCCGGCGCAGGCUUCAUGGUGCGCACGGCGGCGGCGGCAGCCGCAUGCGCGCCGGCGGCGCGUCGGCGGAGACGCAGCCGCCGCCGCCGCCACGGCAAGACGCGUCCCUCGACGGCAGCGGGCGUUGUGUGUGCGGCGCGCGUGUUGUUUCUCACGACGCGGUUGUGUCCAUGCUGACUCGCCAGUUCACACCCGAGCUGGAGUCGCACCCGCUGGUGCUGGGGUUCAAUCAGACGGUGGGUCUGAACGCGGCGCUGCUGGAGCACAUGGGCAUCCUGGCGCCGGAGGCACGGGCGGUCUGGAGCGGCCAGCUGUGGGGCGACUGGGGCUAUGGCUACGGCGUGUGGCUCAGCCGCUCCGGCGGCAUGGCGAGGGCGAGCGAGCUGGAGCGCGAGCACGUGUUCUUGUUCGGCUCCUUCAACACGGUGGCCGCACUUGUCAGCCUGGAGGCGCGGGAGCAGGAGGAGGAGGAGGCAGGUGCCGCAGGAUCCGGAGGGGACGGCGGGGAUGCGAAGGAGGGCAGCGCGGCGGGGAGGAAGGCGGGUGGCGGGCGGCUGGCGGCGGAGGUGGUGGCGGCGGGGCGGCCGGGGCCAGGGCACGUCGGCGCGAGGCAGCGGGUGGCGCUGGUGAGUGCGGGCAUGGGCGGCGUCAACAUGGUGAGCACCAUGAUGCUGGGGUAUCUGGCGGCGGCGUAGCGGCGUGGGCUGGUGGGCAUGGACCCGGCGGCCUCCCAGCUGACCAGUUUACCGGUUGGUGACUGAGGUGUGCAGAGCUGCAGCGAGCAGGGGUAGGCCGCUGCGCAGCUGAGGGGCCACUCGUGCCGAUGUACAAUGACACUGUGUAUUGUCGUAUGUGUCGGCCACUCGGCCACUGCCAGUAAAAGUGGUCUGGGUCCCAUGUGUGACGUUUAUUGGUCAACGGAGCAGCAGGUCAGUGAAGGUGCACCGCCAGACAGGGACUCAAUCAGUGCGGAAACGCGUUCGUGACAGCGGUUGGCAUGUCUACUCAAGUCCUUGGGACCUA